AUGGAGCAGGUCUCCGUCCUGAAUGGCACCUGCCAUCUGCAUUCCCAAUUCGAGAUCAUCACAGGGAAGGAGGAGCCGUGGACAGCGUCGACAGCACUCACGAUCUACACCAACUCAAAUCUUUGCUUCCUGCCUCCAAAGGCCAACAUGGACAGAUACGCAGAGACCACCGUCACUACCGAAUACGACUCUGCGGACAGUGAUGCCAGCUAUCCCACUGUUGACCUUGAGGGGUACCACGAGCAUGAUCAACAUGGUAGCCGUAGGAGGCGCCCCGAUGUACCGAGAAGUGGAAGGAAGGCUUUUAAGGAGCCCAGCCCCCACCGGAGAAGGUCGCCCAGGAGUAAGCUCCGUGGCAGGAUGCAUUGUGGCUGCGGUGCUGAAGCCGUGGUGGAACUGUCUGUCGACGACACUCUGGAUUCCGAGAGUGAUAAAGCCAGAGAGUACGACCGCGAGGGCAAACAUUCACGCUCUUACACAUGUCAUCACACGCGACAGGCUUCGAUGACCACGGAAAGGCCUAAAAGAUCAGUUUCGAGGGAGGCCGAACCCAAAGUCAACAAAAAGGGUAAAACGCCCAAGAGGGCAGCAGAUCCGUACAUUGAAGAAUACCCGGACGAACCAAACCAACCUGUGACACCUGUACUGGAUCACAAGGUCCGUGAUCGACGAUUCUCGACAACUGAGUCCAAGAGGUCUUCUCGCGAAAUGGAAGAGCCGUCACCAACAAUCUCGGCUCGUUCACGGGCUGGAACCAUCACCUCUGACUCAAAGAGAAUGUCACGAGAAAUGGGUGAACCUGCUAUUCCUGUCCAAACUCGUCACCAGCGUGGCCCUUCGAUCUCCGACACAAGAAGACUCUCUCGGGAUGUGGAAGGACAGCUGCGUUCCGCUUCCAGGCGCCCUCAGCGUGGAACCUCAAGAUCAGACACUAAAAGGUUAUCACGGGAACUGGAGGAUCGUGGCGGCUCAACCGUGUCCAGUCGCUCCCGAGGUGGCUCUUUGACCUCUGAUACAACAAGGUUUUCGCGAGAUAUCGAAGAUCAUGUGUCAUCUGUCUCCGGUCGUUACCAAAGAGGUACCCCCGUCGCUGAGAAGCGCCGAUCUGAAGGCGGUUCAUCCGUGUCGUCCAGACUCUCGAGGCAAACCGCCAUGUCAACUGCAACUCCUCAGGAUCACCCGAGGAGAUAUUCUGAGCUUCCUGAUCGACGCCGUUUUGUUGAUCAACUUUCGGAUUCUGAGCAGGAAAGCACAAUAUCGAAGCGUACUGAUUCCACCAUAGGCCGCUCGCAAUAUGAAUCGUCAGCGAGAGAUGUACCCAGAAGUAUGGCUCGAAGGGGCUCCUCAAGAGCUGGGCACCCUUCUCUCCAAUAUUCGUCAACCUGGCCCAUGCGAGCACCAGCACUUCACCCAGAUGACGAUCAGUCCUCUCAUGGGCGUCACUACGACAGCACCGAAGACAGCGAUUAUGACUUCAUCAACGACCCGCGAUUUGAUCCUGUUACCCACCGGAUGAUUCGACCAAGCGCGCCUUCACCACCUCGCGCCCCUACCCCUCCUAAUCUUAGCACUGACGAUGAGCCCGAGAUCAAUGAGUAUCCAAGAAGAUCACGGGCGCCGCGGGAAACCAAGGAGUCCAGAGGCCCGAAACUGAAAACAAUUCUCAGCAAGACCAGCCUUCACGCCCUGAACAACGAAGCUCGAACGUCCACCGCUACUGAUCUUUGUGAAGUCUGGAGAGCUCAUCCGGAGGACUGGGAGUCCCCUUACUCUUCCAUGUUGGAACUUGAGGACAUCGAGGAUGAAAAGCCUAGUAUGGAGCUGGAACUUGCUUCCAAGUUUCCGCCACUGAACGAGGCCGAGACCGUCGCGAGCGAGUCGAACCAUUCUCGUGGUUCAUCUCCCGUGUACGGCAUUCAGAAUCUGCGGUCUACAGCGGAUACCAUCAACACAGAUUUGAUGGCACUGAAUCUGUCCCCUGCUACGCCUACACAUUCUAGACCUCCUUCAAGACCUCCCUCGAGAUGGAGUACCACUGGAGCUUACGAGUUCCCAUUGACUCCGCCUUCCAGAAGCAUGUCGCCAUUGGUCCAAACAUGGAGGAACAGGGAUCGCUUACCCUCUAAGCUCGACGAGACUGUGACAUCUGAUUAUGAUGGCUCCUGGAUCAGCGGUAGGGAGCCGAGGAGUAUGUUGACUCCAGAUUAUCAAAGCAAUGUGGCCAGUGGGUGGUAG